AUGACGGGAGCAAAGGACAAGGGGGCUGCCAAGAAGGAAACAAAGGCAGCGUUGAAACCGGUUGAUGACAGGUCUGCUCUGAUUGUACAACGCUCAUUGUCCGAGUUUGGUUUCUCAGAGGGGAGAUGUGUUUAUUUUUUUCUUUGUUAAUGCUUAACGUUCCUCUGAUAGUCGUACUGCCUCCGAGAGACUAAUUCCUUGGCGAUUUUCUCUGUUUCUCGGGGCAGAAGCCUCGUGUUUCCGUAAUAUUCCUGUGAUAACAAAAUCGUAAAGUCCUGAAGGAACUCGAAGCUCCUUCCUGAACGCAGACAACCCGGCGUUCUCUCCGUGUUUAACCGAGUGAGAGACAGACACCUCGUGUUGCUUUGCUCCUCCCCCGACCAUAGAUGUGCCCCCUAUGAUCCGAUAAAAGUACAGUCCAUCGAUUCAAGCGUAUAUCCAUCUGAUGAUGCCAAACGAUAAGCUUCCUCUACUUGAGGACCUAUUUUAUCUGUUGAAUUAACUUUGCUCUCUGACAAAAGUUCAGUCCAUCGAUUCAAGCGCAUCCAUCUGAUGAUAUCAAGCGAUAAGCUUCCUCUACUUGAGGACCCAUUUUAUCUUGUUGACUUAGCUUGGCUCUCCGACAGCAGCAGAUGCUAUAAACAUAGACAUGGUAUUGUUGUCCGUGAGUUGACUGCCGCCGUAAGUUGGUAUCUUGGAAUCAUAGAUGACACGUUAUUAAUCCUUUCAUUAUAAUGCUCCACAUCCUUUGCUAAUUUUGGGUUCAUAGGACAUGGCUCGGUGACGAUGAUGUGGCGUUACGUAUUUCUUGCAUCAUAGAUGGGCAUCAGCAGGAUAAAUAAUCAACAUAGUUGUAAGGCUGCCUCUCUUACUUUGGCCGGAAAAGCUAUAUUCAGCAUCCAAGCUUUCUAAUGUAAAAAGCAAUCACCGUACUUACUUUGACCACUUGUGUUGUGUGUGCUCUGCCGAGCUGAUGUAGCUCUGGCGAAGUCGUCUGACAACAGUAUGGUAUGUUGAUGUUGUGAUUGUGAGUCCAUCGCGCGCAUGUUGCCAUCAUCCUUGUUCCGGGUUUUCUUAGAUCUGAUGAGACAACAUAUCGAGUGAUAAAGCAAGCCACCUGCCUGAUUGUGCUUUAUUUGUUAAAAUAAAUGCAGAAAGGUCGGCAAGCGCAAGGCUGCUCAAAAACCGGACAAGAGUGCGAAGAGACGUGCUAGGAAGGAAAAACGUGCCAAGAAGGAUCCCAACAAGCCGAAGAGGCCUCCGAGUGCCUUUUUUGUUUUCCUGUAAGCGCACGUUCUUACUCAAUCUUUUUCGCCUCUGAGUGACGUCACGCGGUUGGCCAAAUCAUCCUCGGUUGUGUUGGGACAGCGAAGAAUUCAGGAAGCAAUUCAAGCAAGAGCAUCCUAAUGUGAAGGCUGUCUCGGCGGUAAGUGCGGAGCCAUCUGGAGGGUUAUUUUCUAUUUUUCUAGCUUUUCUUCUCCACUGAAAGCAUGGAUUUUGGGCGUUGACUGUUCCUUGCAGGUUGGAAAAGCUGGAGGAGAGAAGUGGAAGUCGAUGACUGGUGCUGUAAGUCUUUCUAGCUCUCAUUUAAAGAGGUUCCCCAGUGGUCACCGCUGCUUAUUUUAUUACACUUUUGGAGACGAGUGUUUUGCUUGUUUGUUUCUAUGCGAGCACAUGGUAAGUAUUCAACCGUUUAGGAAACUCUCCGGGUGUGGGUUUGACAGGAGAAGGAACCAUACGAGGCCAAGGCUGCGAAGAGGAAGAGUGAAUACGAGAAACAGAUGUCCGCUUACAACAAGAAGCAGGUACGUGAAAAUGACGCGACUCCCUCUGCGAGUUAUGUCGGACCAAACCUCCUCUUUCUUUACGAUAAUGUCCAUUUCCUGCGCACAGGAAAGCGUAGCGGAUGACGGCGACGAGGAAUCUGACAGGUCAAAGUCGGAGGUCAACGAUGAAGAUGAUGAGGAGACCGGAGAGGUAAGCUUCUUGGCAUUCCGGAAACUUAAUCGUCUCGUCACUCGCGAGGAAUUUCUCCUUUUCACCGUGACAUCAUUUUACCUUUCUCAUCCUGAUCUGCUCUGAUGAGGACCAUCAGGGCCCAGUCCUUUAUUUCUUUGGUAUUCUAUCUUGCCUGUUCUUCUUACAGGGGACCAUGAUAGUGGUCUAUUUCCCAUCAUUGACUAACUAUUUUGGACUGGCAGCCUCUCUCUUUAUCUCCGCAUUAUCUAAUUUUCUAUUUUCUACCGUGGAGCCUCACACGGUCUCUUCCUCUCCCCUCACCCCAACUUUUCCUUUUGCUUUUGGUAGGAGGAGGAAGAGGACGAGGACUGA